GGCUGAGCCGGUAAAAGCUAUUAUUAGCGUCUUUUUCACGCUUCGAACAGACUAGUUUUAACGAGUUUGGAGUUGCAGGAGACGUGUCGUAAACAGUAGCUUUCGGGCAACGUACGAUGUCUUUGAUGUCUGCGGCUUGUCUGUAGUUUGUGGUAGCGAUGUCGCAGUAUCCAGGAAGCAGCAAUGUACGGGACACGAGCACGGAGGCCACGAAUGUUAACAUGACUGUCUUGUGGGACGGCGAAGAGGACGGCAGUUCGUACGGACCGAUGACCCGACUGAUCGUCCUGGUGACAGUGCUGUCAGUGGUCAUCAUCGGCGGGAUGCUCCUGGUGUCCUUCAAUCUAUUCCUCAGAACCGAGCCGUACGGACUUCGGCACAUCAGCGGGAACGACGAGCACAACGAGCGGUACAGCACGGCCAUGUCUUACACCGGAGAUACCCUCCUCUACGGGCGGAGCGACAUGAUGGACUUCAGUGAACUACCAUGA